AUGUCAGUCGAAUCAGAGAAUAUCUUUAGACAAUCAUUUCGAAAUUGGAAUGAUAGAACUACUUCAAUAAAUAAUAAUAAUAAUACUAAUACAAAUCGACCUAUAUUAUCAGAAUGGACAGAUUAUUUCAAAACUGGAGCAAAUGAUUUAUAUCAAAGAUUACCAACAUCAAUUCAAGAUUUAAAUAAUCCAAAUUCAACUCAACAACAAGAACCUUCAUGGUUUCAAUUAUCAAGAUUGGAAAGAUUAAUUGGUUUUGGUUGUUGUUUAUCUGCUUCUGUUUUGUGUUUUGUAAUAUGUUUUUUUAUGUUUCCUGUAUUAGCAUUAAGACCAAGAAAAUUUGGAUUAUUAUGGACUGGUGGUUCAGUAUUAUUUGUUAUAUCAUUUGGAGUUUUACAAGGACCAUAUAAUUAUAUACGACAUUUGUUAUCAAAAGAUAGAAUUGUUUUUACUACUGUAUUUUUUACAUCAAUUUUUUUAACUAUUUAUUCAAGUGUUGUUUUAAAAAGUAGUUUAUUAACAAUUUUUACAAGUAUAAUUGAAAUAUUUGCAAUUGCUUAUUAUACUAUAAGUUAUUUCCCAUUUGGUGCUACUACAUUGACAUUUUUUACAAGUUAUAUACUGGGUUAUAUAUUUGGAUUAAUUGGGGGUAUUUUAUAG